UCUCCAGCCAGAGUCCUCACAGGCGGGUUAUGGCUUAGGGCACAAGAGGGGCCAGCCAAGAGGUAAGAGGCAAGGGAAAGGACAACUAACUUGGAAGAGGAAACCAAAAGAAAACCCACACGAUGAGUUUCCACAAGGAGGAUGGAGUGAGCAGCCUGUGCCAGAAAGCGCUGCACAUCGUCACCGAGCUGUGUUUCGCGGGCCAGGUGGAGUGGGAGAAGUGCUCGGGCAUCUUCCCCCCGGACAGGGGAAGCCAGGGCGGAGGCAGUACAGAUAUUUCAGUCAGCUUGUUAGCAGUCAUUGUCAGCUUUUGUGGCCUGGCCUUAUUGGUUGUCUCACUUUUUGUCUUCUGGAAGUUAUGCUGGCCUUGCUGGAAAAGCAAAGCUAUCACUACCAAUGUCAAUGCCCUUCCACAGAGCAUUUCAAGUGCUCCGACUGAAAUUUUUGAGACUGAAGAGAAAAAGGAGGUUAAAGAAAAUGGAAAACCAGCAUUAACAGCUAUUGAGCCCGCGAUAAAAAUCAGUCACACUUCCCCCGAUAUCCCAGCAGAAGUCCAGACGGCUUUAAAGGAACAUUUAAUUAAACAUGCACGUGUGCAAAGACAAACUACUGAGCCUACAUCUUCAUCCCGCCACAAUUCCUUCCGGAGACACCUACCAAGGCAGAUGCAGGUUUCCAGUGUUGAUUUCAGUAUGGGCACAGAACCUGUUUUACAAAGAGGGGAAACUACAACCAGCAUUGGAAGGAUCAAACCAGAACUCUACAAACAGAAAUCAGUUGAUUCUGAGGGCAACAGAAAAGAAGAUGUCAAAACCUGUGGGAAACUUAACUUUACCCUUCAGUAUAACUAUGAAAAUGAACUUCUAGUUGUUAAAAUUAUCAAAGCCUUAGAUCUUCCUGCUAAAGACUUCACAGGAACAUCUGACCCUUAUGUGAAGAUAUAUCUUCUUCCAGAUAGGAAAAAAAAGUUUCAGACCCGUGUGCACAGAAAGACGUUAAAUCCUCUAUUUGAUGAAAGCUUUCAAUUUCCUGUAGAAUAUGAUCAACUAAGCAACCGAAAACUACAUUUCAGUGUAUAUGACUUUGACAGAUUUUCUAGACAUGACAUGAUUGGGGAAGUGAUUCUUGAUAAUUUGUUUGAAGUCUCUGAUCUCUCCAGGGAAGCCACAGUAUGGAAAGAUAUUCAUUGUGCUACCACAGAAAGCAUAGAUCUGGGGGAAAUCAUGUUUUCCCUUUGCUAUUUGCCUACUGCGGGGCGCAUGACACUGACAGUCAUCAAGUGCAGAAAUCUGAAGGCUAUGGACAUUACCGGCUCAUCAGAUCCUUAUGUCAAAGUAUCUCUGAUGUGUGAAGGUCGAAGAUUGAAAAAGAGAAAGACAACUACAAAGAAAAACACUCUAAACCCUGUGUACAAUGAGGCUAUUAUUUUUGAUAUCCCUCCAGAGAACGUGGACCAGGUCAGCCUCUCCAUCGCGGUCAUGGAUUAUGAUAGGGUAGGACACAAUGAGGUCAUAGGAGUGUGUAGAACAGGACUGGAUGCUGAGGGUCUUGGGCGGGACCACUGGAAUGAAAUGCUGACCUAUCAUCGGAAACCAAUAACCCACUGGCAUCCCUUGGUGGAGUUACCUGGCCGGGCGACCAGUUUUGACAGUCAAGGAUCCUGUUCUUCUCCCAAACCACCUUCCACACCAUAAUGCCUCCAGAAUGACACCACUGUAAUAAAGAUGUAAGACCGUGUGCUCACCAAAUCAGCAAAAAGAAAAGUGGAGGGUCUGACUUCCCUAUUUAAAAGGUAUCAAUGGUAAUCAAUAAACUCGAUGUGUAAUUUUUUCACUAAGUUUUGUUGUCUGUUAAUUAUAUUUGAAUAUCUUAAUACAUUUUACUUGAACAUAACUAGUUCUUAUUUAUAUGUCAUUUUAUCCAUAAAUUAUGUUAUAUGCAUAUUAGUACAGAGUGUUUUAAUAAGUUGUAUUUCUUUUGCAUAAGCAAGUAAACUUUUUUUAAAAGAAUCAAUAUUUAUGUAAAAUUAAAUAUACUUCAUGCUGCUGUUGUAUAAAGUAGCCCAUGUCGUAACUGUAUGGUUUUGAUUUUCUUAGACAUAUAUUCAUUUCCAACUGUAUACAUGGUUCUAUAUAAAAUUUAAUGAAAAUUUUGAACUCACAGUGUUAAAUCCAUGAACAAUCAAGUUAAAUGUUACUUAUCUGAUAAUAAUUUCUUUCACUCUAAGCAGAUUAUUUUCUUGGUGAGGUUUGGCUUUG